CCGGGGAGGGCCAGGGCGCAGAGCCAGCGGCGGCCCCGCAGAGGAUCUGCGCAAUUGCUGGUGCCCGGGAAGAUGCUCUGGCCAGCGAGCUAGGGAGGCGGGACCUUCACACACAGUUCUGCUGCUUCUCUGCAGCACAGCUAGCGGGUCUGUGGUCUUGGGGCCCGGGCACUGACUGACCCGCCACUACACUGUGGGAGUCAAGUGCGCCUCCUCCGUCACUGCGCACCUAUCACAGUCCCUGAGCGCAUUGCCGCGCGCUCCUCCCACCUGCAAAGGCUUGCCCAGCCAGAGACCGCCCCGGCCUGGACAGCGCCUGCGGGGCCGCCUGAGCCCUGGCCCAACCCCUCCCUCAGCUCCAGCCGGACAAAGUUAUCCCUGAGAGAUGCAGUCUUCAUUUUUGGUAGACAAACCAAGUCCAGAAGAUUGUCUCAGAAGGUAGGGUGGAACGCUGCUCACUGACUCCUUUUUGGAAGGAAUUCAUUUCCUCGUGGCUUCUACCCUGUGGCUUAGCCUCCCAGACGAGCUAAGCUCUUACUCAGCAAAAAUGGUCUACACGAAGAUGAGGCUGGUUUACGCUUUCAUUCUGAUGGUGGGCGCGCUCUGCUUGUACUUCAGCAUGGAGCCUUUCAAAGAGCUGCCGUUUCUUCUCAAGAAAGAUCAGGGCAAGUUCCUGCGGCUUCCGGACAUAGACUGCAAGCAGAAGCCCCCUUUCCUCGUGCUGCUGGUGACUUCAUCCCACAGGCAGCUGGCGGCUCGCAUGGCCAUCCGCAAGACAUGGGGUCGAGACACAGAGGUGCAGGGGCAGCACGUGAGGACCUUCUUCCUUCUGGGGACCUCAGACAGCACCGAGGAGAUGGAUGCCACAGCCCAGGAGAGCGAGCAGCACCAUGACAUCAUCCAGAAGGAUUUCAAGGACGUCUAUUUCAACUUGACCCUGAAGACCAUGAUGGGCAUGGAGUGGGUCCACCACUUUUGCCCCCAGGCCACUUUUGUGAUGAAAACCGAUUCAGACAUGUUUGUGAACGUUGGCUAUCUGACCGAACUGCUGCUGAAGAAAAACAAAACGGCCCGGUUCUUCACGGGCUACAUAAAGCCCAACGACUUUCCCAUCAGGCAGCGGUUCAACAAGUGGUUUGUCAGUAAGUUUGAGUAUCCCUGGGACAGGUACCCGCCUUUUUGCUCUGGUACUGGCUAUGUCUUUUCGAGCGACGUGGCGAGCCAAGUAUACAAUGUCUCAGAGAGUGUUCCGUUCCUCAAGCUGGAGGAUGUGUUUGUGGGGCUCUGCCUGGCCAAGCUGAAGAUCCGGCCCGAGGAACUCCACACCAAGCAGACCUUUUUCCCCGGUGGCUUACGCUUCUCCGUGUGCCGCUUUCAGAAAAUUGUGGCUUGCCACUUCAUGAAGCCUCAGGACCUGCUCACUUACUGGCAGGCACUGGAGAGCUCUCAGGAACAGGACUGUCCUGCUGUCUGAGGGGAACCUGCAGCCCCUGGGACAAACUUCUGAGAACCUUUGGUGAUGCUUUGUGAAGAUCUGGGAUGGCCUAGCUGGGAACUGUCCAGGGCAGAGAGAGAAGGCAGAGAAAGACAAAGCGCUAAUCUCAACGCCCUGCCGCAAGAAUGGAGUAUCUGCAGAGUAGCUGCUUGUUCCCACUUGGCACCCAGAGCAAUAACUGAUCUCAUCUUUCAGGCCUUUGCACUACGUUCUCAAUGUUUGAGACACGCCUUCAUCUGCUCAUUUCAGGGCUUAGUAUACAUAUGAAGCCAUGGAUGUGAUCAUUCCCAUUUGACAGGUUAGGAACCAGCAGCCAGGGUCAAGUCACUCCCUGGUCCAAAGACUCAGCCUGCGGACACAGCAGGAAUGAGAAUCGAGUGCUAUCAGAAUUCAGUUGGUGGCCCCAACUGAGUGUCCCAUUCUUUGGGAGAGGGUGGUAGUGGGAGGAGUUUAGGGUGGGUGUCUUAAAGCUAACUAGCAUCCUUCCGUCCCUUUCCUGAGUCCCCUGCCCCUCAUUUCCCAAUCCUUAUACUUUUUAAAUUCUAAGUCUGGGAUGAACCAGCUUUCUCAGGCCUCUCCCCUCACUUGAAUGAUGUAGCUAGGCAGAAUCUGUUAGCUACUUGGUACCCAGUGUAUCUUCAAUAUGGUUCCAGGAGACAUGCAUGCCUGCAGACACUCGCUCACCUCCAUGCUAGAAGGAAACUGGGUUAUAUGACCGUAUAAAUCAGCUUAAGAAGCCAUUGCUGAGUGUUGCUGUAUAGGCCGAUCGCACUGCUGAAAUCCCAGUGAGGGUGAUCUCUCCCCUGAGCCUUCUGGGACACCUAGUCUCUGUUAUGGAUGUACUGAUGGAUUGAUGGCAAGCAGUGGCAGCCCUGGAGCACUUCAGAUCUCUAAGUUUAAACUCAAGGGCAGCCAGGCACAGGCAUGGUCUCUAUGGGUAUCCAGGAACUUUGCUGGGACCUAGGCUGGACCCCAGCUCUUCACACUGGGUUUAUCACAUGGUCAUAGAUCUGCUGAGUGUUGUGGUUUGGAAUUUAACCCUGAAGGUUUCCAGAGCUGGGUAAAACCAGGGGCUCAUGGCCAUUCAGCUACUGUCACCAGACACGUAAUCUUGCUCUGUACUGCGGGAAUUAUUGCUUUCCCUGCUUUUUACUUUAUUAGAUUUUACUAUGUGCUUGGAGCAAAGGCUUCAUGUGACUGUAAUUUUAAGCAUUGCAAUAUGCUCUCAUCUGAACUCAGGAAAACCUACUCAGUGGUCAGAACACCGUUAUGUUGGAGGAGUCCUUCCUCUGAAUCUCUUCCAUAACUCUUGGGAAAAAUUCUUCUGUCUGCGACAUUCUUCAGAAUCAUGCAGCAUCAAGUUCUGGACCCUUAGUUCAGAAUAUGUGAAAAUCUGAGCCAGAUAGAGAGAAAGGGUAAUUAUUCCUGGAUGUGUGCUAGUGACUACAUACACCACCAAAACCACACCCAACCUGAUCUUCUUUUGACAGAAAGGGAAGCCAAGGCUCGUAGCAAUAUGGUGGCUUUGUUGUCUUGUGGAUGGAAGAGGUGGCAUCAGAACCCAGCACCAGCCACUCUGCGUCAGACCUUCCCUUUAUUUAUUCAUUUGUUAGCCAUAUUUGCUCAUUGCGUUUACACACAUCAUGAGCACGGUCAAAGUUAGGGGUCUGCAGAGAGCAGAUCUGAGUAAGCACUCAGUGCUGAGAAGAUGGUCGGGAACAGGUUCUCUUGGUCUAUGCACAGUACCCUGGAGUAUAAACAGAUGUGGUCACCUGUGCUCAUGGUUGCUGUUGCAUUGAAAGAUGUCAGGCAUCCAUUGCAGGUAGACAUUCUUCAUUCUUACAGCCAAAUUGCCUGACAGCAGAGGCAGCCUGGGAGACUCAGUGACUCACCCAGGGGCUGAGAUGUGGAGACCCAGCCCUCAGCCUUCUCCACUGGCACACCACGAACAUACCUUCCCAUGUGCUUACUUCUCUCAGAAGCUUGGAGCUGGUGCCACCCAAGGAGUCACCAGCAUCUCCCUUUGCCUACACACUGCCAGCUCCGUCCUGGGUGUUGGCUUGCGUGUUGGUCUACUUCUUCUGCUUCUGUCUGAUUUCUGUGCUUUGGCCCUGGGGCUAUCUGUAGAAUUCUCACAAACCUCCUGUUUAGACUAGCUUUCCCUUGAGGCCCUGUGCGUUUUGCACACGCACGAAUGACAGAUCCAGGUGUCUACAUGCGGGCACCAGGCUAGUUUUAUCGCUUGGGAUGUGACAUAGCGAGUGCCUCCGAUCUUCUCUUUCGUGUGUUAGGUUGUCUUGCAUGUGCGGGCCAAAGGCCAGGUGUGCUCUGGUGAGGACAUGAGCUGAAGGAGUGGCUCGCAGGUACAAACCCAGAGGGUUUCUUGAACUCCAGCCUGCCGGCAGCAGUGGAACACAUACCGCCCUGCUGAGCGAGCAUU